GCCUCCUUCCUGCACCUGUUCUUCCGAGUGUCUGCCAUAGUAACCUACCUGCUCUGUGAUUGGUUCACCAAGAGCUUUACUUCCUGCUUCAUUAUGAUCAUCACUCUGCUGUCCUGUGACUUCUGGUCCGUUAAGAAUGUGACAGGCAGGUUGUUGGUGGGUCUGCGAUGGUGGAACCAGAUCGAUGAGGAUGGGAGGAGCCUCUGGGUGUUUGAGGACAGCAAGACUUCUCCCCAGGCCGGUGGUACGGAGGUGGAGUCCAGGAUCUUCUGGUCGGGUCUGAUCAUCUGUCCUCUCAUCUGGACCUGCUUCUUCUUCACGACCCUGUUCUGUCUGAACACAGACUGGCUGAACAACACAUUUCACUGCACCUAUCUGGCUCUGUAG